UAAGUUAAUGAGAAAACACAAUUGACAUGAGAAUCUCUUGCAGGUAUAACCAAGAUAUAAAAAAGACAAUCUACAAGUUUGGUGAAACUUAAUUCUCUCCUAAUCUUUGAUCAUUCUUUUCGGUUUUUUCCAGUUUCCUAUUGCUUAAUUUAUCCCAUAAUUUCUGUACUUAAACCCCCCAACAUUAAACUUCUCCAGAUCAUCCAUUUUACUUUGUUGUAAUACCUUUAUAGCAGAGUUCAAAAAUCAUCUGCAUGGCAGGAAGCAUCGACAUGACUGUACAUGCAGUUGAAUCAAAUGGUGUCAAAGACCAAAGCCACCAGAAACCAGGGAUGGACUCAAGAGGACUCCUAAUCCCUUCGAAGGUACCAAAAGCGGUGCCUCUGACAGCCCAAACAGCUGAUGGAGAGCCAAUCCGGAGGCCUCGUGGCAGGCCUGCUGGGUCCAAGAACAAGCCUAAACCGCCAAUUAUCAUCACGAGGGAGAGCCCGAACACACUAUGUGCCCAUGCUAUGGAGGUAAGCUCGGGUUGCGAUGUCAAUGAAAGCCUGAUCACCUUUGCUCGUAAGAAGCAGAAAGGAGUUUGCAUACUAAGUGGUACAGGGUAUGUAACCAAUGUUACUCUAAGGCACCCUUCAUCACAAGGCCCUAAUGCCAUUGUAACCCUCCAUGGUCGAUUCGAGAUUCUCUCUCUCCUCGGAUCCAUACUUCCACCACCAGUUGCACCACCAGGUCUCACAGGUCUAACAGUUUACUUGGCAGGCCCACAGGGGCAGGUCGUAGGUGGGGGAGUGGUGGGUGCCCUUAUUGCCUCCGGUCCUGUGGUUAUUAUGGCUGCUACUUUUAUGAAUGCAUCAUUUGAUCGUUUACCUAUAUGCGAAGAGGAGAAUGAAGUUGCAGCUCAAAACCAAUGUUACCAGAACAAUCGCCGCCAUCACUACCAGCAUAUUGAUGUGUCCGAUGUAUGUGGUGUUCCGCAGAAUUAUAUGAGCAAUGGCAGGGCUUUGCCUCCUGAAGUAUACUCCUGGGCAUCGGGUAGAUCACUGGCAAAGACCUGAAGCUGGGCAUUUCUAUUACUUUUAACAAUCUCAUUGGCUUCAUAUCUUCUACUUGGAUCAGUCUCUCACAGCUAGUUUAUCCUUCUGAGCAGUUCACAUAUUUCUACCUAUAUACCUUGUACUUCGACAUUUAUAAAUGGCAUAAAUAUUGACAGCAAAUUAUAGACAGUCACCAUAUAAUCGAAUAUAUAUUUCACAUCAAAACAAGGACAGACAUUUCUAUAUAUGAAACUAUGACUCUAUGAGUAUGUUAAUACCGUCAAAGUUUUUAUUUAGCUAUUGAAGCUUUAUUGCAGUUGAUCUAUCAUAU